GUUUGGACGCUGGACGCCAUGUUGUGGAAACUAGCAGAUAAUGUCAAAUAUGAAGAGGACUGCGAGGACCGGCACGAUGGGAGCAGCAACGGGAACCCGCGGCUCCCCCACCUCUCGGCGGUCAGCCAGCACCUGUACAGCCCCGCUCCUCCGCUCUCCCACUCGGGCGCCUCCGAUUUCCAGCCUCCCUACUUCCCUCCCCCAUACCAGCCUCUGCCUUACUCCCAGUCCAGCGAUCCUUACUCUCACCUCGGGGACCCCUUCUCCAUCAACCCGCUGCACCAGCCUCCGCCACCGCCCCCCAGCCAGCAGCAGAGCGCCUGGCCCAACCGGCAGAGCCAGGACCCCGCCGGCCUCGCCCCCCACGGCCGCCCCGGCCUCGUCCCCCAUCUCUCGGCGCUGGAGAGCGGCUCCGCCAGCGGCCGCAGGGAAACGUACAGACGCUCCGAGCUCCUCCUGCCCCACGGGCAUGGGCUGGACGCCUCUGCGCUGGCUGAUAACCUGGGCCUGCACGACAUGGCCCACCAGAUGGAGGAGGUGCAGAAUGUGGAAGAUCAACACUUAUUAAUGCAUGACCAGACAGUCAUUAGAAAAGGUCCCAUUUCCUUAACGAAGAACAGUGCUCUGAGUCUACCCUGUCAAAAAGAUGGAUUAAUUGGAGUGGUCAUAAACCCCAAUGAAGUAUUCUGUUCGGUUCCGGGGAGACUUUCCCUCCUCAGCUCCACAUCGAAAUACAAAGUGACAGUAGCAGAGGUGCAGAGACGGCUCUCGCCCCCCGAGUGCCUCAAUGCCUCUUUGCUAGGAGGAGUACUCAGAAGAGCCAAAUCUAAAAACGGUGGCAGAUCAUUAAGAGAAAAACUGGAUAAAAUUGGCUUAAAUCUUCCUGCUGGUAGAAGGAAAGCUGCAAAUGUGACUCUGUUGACAUCUUUGGUGGAAGGUGAAGCUGUACAUCUUGCUCGUGACUUUGGUUAUGUAUGUGAGACAGAGUUUCCUUCCAAAGCAGUGGCUGAAUAUUUAACCAGACCACACAUGGGCCGCAAUGAAAUGGCAAACAGGAAGAAUAUGCUUCUUGCUGCAAAGCAGAUUUGUAAGGAAUUCACAGACCUCCUCACUCAGGACAGAACUCCUCUUGGAAACACAAGACCUAGUCCCAUCUUGGACCCUGGCAUCCAGGGCUGUUUGACUCAUUUUAGCCUCAUUACACAUGGCUUUGGAAGUGCUGCCAUCUGUGCUGCCAUGACAUCCGUCCAGAACUACCUAAAUGAAGCAUUAAAAAUAGCAGACAAAACAUACAUGAACGCUGGCGACCAGAGCCCUGCAGAAACCAACAAAAGCAUUGAUAAAAUGGAUAAGCACAGGAAGUAA